AGCUGCUGAGAGCUUAGAGUGAAUUACACCAGCUACAAGUAGGAAAUCAGGCACAUAGAAACAUGGCUGCGAAACCCAAGCUGCAUUAUCCCAAUGGACGAGGCCGAAUGGAAUCAAUACGGUGGUUAUUGGCAGCAGCCGGGGUUGAGUUUGAUGAAUGUUUUCUGGAAACAAAGGAUCAUCUAAUGAAGUUAAAGAAGGAUGGAUUCCUGCUGUUUCAGCAAGUGCCCAUGGUGGAGAUCGAUGGGAUGAAGAUGGUGCAGACCAGAGCCAUCCUCAACUACAUAGCAGCAAAGUACAACCUCUACGGGAAGGACCUGAAGGAGAGAGCCCUAAUUGAUAUGUACGUGGAAGGAUUAUUUGAUCUGAAUGAGUUAAUCAUGCACCAUUGCUUCCAACCAGCGGAUAAAAAGGAGCAACAUUUGGCUACUAUUGAGGACAAGGCCACAAACAGAUACUUCCCAGUCUUUGAGAAGGUUUUGAAAGACCAUGGACAAGACUUUCUUGUUGGCAACCAAUUUAGCAGGGCAGAUGUGCAACUACUUGAAACGAUUUUAAUGGCAGAAGAAUGCAAGCCUGAUAUCCUUGCCCAGUUUCCUCUCUUGCAGAGUUUUAAAGCAAGAAUAAGCAAUAUCCCCACAAUAAAGAAAUUCCUGCAGCCUGGCAGCCAGAGGAAACCACCACUGAAAGAAGAAGAUUUACCAAAAAUCAUGAAAAUUUUCCACUGAGCAGCAACCUAAACCCACAGAAACUCUAUCACGGUCCUUGUGUUUGCUGAUAGCAGUGAAGUGGAAGUAAUGAAGACAGUGAAAAAGUUUUUGAUCUCUCCUUAGCUACAGCACUGGUUUUAGACUACCACAGACAUUUCUAAUGCAAAUCUGUAGGAACAUGCCAGCAAAUGAAAUAGUUCACUGAAUUAAGGGAUACACUGGACAACAAAAAUGUCUUCAAUUACUUAAGAGAAUACCUGAAAUAAAGUCUUACUAUUGACAAUGAA